AUUCCAAACGCAUUUCUCUUCAAGCCUGCACUGUCUCUACAGCAGCAAACAAAAAAAAAUCAAAAGUAUUUAAACUAUAUCAUAUUCUUAAAAUAUGACAGCGGACGGAAAAAGUGAUAACGUUCGAGUUAUCGUAAGAUGCAGACCUCUAAAUAGUACUGAAAUAUCUAAUGGAAAUCAAAUGACAGUUAAGAUUGAUUCUGUUCGUGGAGCCUUAAUUUUAACAAAUCCCGCUGCAGCAGCAAGCGAACCCCCUAAAACAUUUACUUUCGAUACAGUAUUCGGGCCUGAUUGUAAGCAGGUUGAUGUUUAUAAUACCUGCGCCAGACCUAUUGUAGAUAGUGUUAUAGAGGGUUAUAAUGGAACUAUCUUUGCUUAUGGACAAACUGGUACGGGAAAGACUUUUACUAUGGAGGGAAUACGAACUGUCCCGGAAAAAAGAGGAAUCAUUCCAAAUUCAUUUGCUCACGUUUUUGGUUUUAUUUCAAAAGCAGAAGGAAAUACAAAAUUUUUGGUCAGAGUGUCAUAUUUAGAAAUUUACAAUGAAGAAGUAAGAGAUUUAUUAGGAAAGGAUCAGAAUGUAAGACUAGAAGUAAAGGAGAGACCAGAUGUAGGGGUAUAUGUUAAGGAUUUAUCAAUGUUUGUUGUCAACAACGCUGAUGAUAUGGAUCGAAUUAUGACGAUGGGAAAUAAAAAUAGAGUUGUUGGGGCAACAAAUAUGAAUGCUCAAAGUUCAAGGUCUCAUGCUAUAUUCACUGUUACAAUUGAACGAAGCGACAUCGGCGCCGAUAAACAAGAGCAUGUUAGAGCUGGAAAACUUCAUCUUGUAGAUCUUGCCGGAUCUGAAAGACAAACAAAAACAGGGGCAACUGGUCAAAGGUUAAAAGAAGCAACUAAAAUCAAUUUAUCCUUGUCAACGCUCGGUAAUGUAAUAUCGGCGUUAGUUGAUGGUAGAAGUACUCACAUUCCAUAUAGAAAUUCUAAAUUAACUCGCCUCCUGCAAGAUUCUCUGGGUGGUAAUAGCAAAACUGUGAUGAUUGCUAAUAUGGGACCUGCUGAUUAUAAUUACGACGAAUCUCUAUCCACUUUAAGAUAUGCAAAUAGAGCAAAAAAUAUUAAAAAUAAAGCUAAAAUCAACGAAGAUCCUAAGGAUGCACUACUAAGACAGUUCCAAGCCGAGAUUGAAGAAUUAAGAAAACAAUUAGGUGGAGAAGGUGGAGAGGAUUUUAGUGGGUCUGGUUCAGAAUACGAAACUGGAUCUGACGAAGACGGAGUAGGAGGAGAGGAAGGAGGGAAAAGAAGAAAGAAAAGAAAAUCGACUAUUAAAGGUUUAUCGAAAGAGAAGAUGAUAGCCAUUCAACAACAAAUUGAGAAAGAUAGAAAAAAAUUAGAAGAAGAAAAAGAUAUGGCAAUAGAAGAAAAAUCCAAGCUAGAAGAAGAUUUGAACUCAAAAGAGGAAGAAUUAAAGAAAGCAUCAGAAGAGCAAGAAAACAUCAAGAAUAAAUUACAACAGCUGGAAAAGAAAAUUAUCGUUGGAGGAGAGAAUCUCUUAGAAAAGGCUGAAGAACAAGAAAGACUUUUAGAAGAGAGUGCGGAAGAAUUAAAUAGAAGGAAUGAAAUUCAAGAAAAACUACGUAAACAAUUAGAAGAAAAAGAGCAAGAAAGAUUAGAUAUCGAAGAAAAAUAUUCAAGUUUACAAGAAGAAGCUGCCGGCAAAACUAAAAAGUUGAAAAAAGUUUGGACUAUGCUAAUGACGGCAAAAUCCGAAGUUGAGGAUAUACAGAACGAACAUCAACGUGAAAUGGAAGGUUUACUGGAAAAUGUACGACAACUUAGUCGAGAUUUGAGAUUACACAUGUUAAUUAUUGAUAGUUUCAUUCCUCCCGAAUAUCAAGAAAUGAUUGAAAACUGUAUGCUAUGGAACGAUGAAGUAGGUGAAUGGCAGUUAAAAUGCGUCGCCUAUACAGGAAAUAAUAUGAGGAAAUCAAGUCCAGGUCCUGAGAAAAAAGUAGAGCAAAAAGUAAAUACGGACUUGUCACAAGUCUACAUGGUUUAUACCGCCGACGCUGCAGAAGCUGUUCUAAGAAAGAGCGAAGGAAAAGCUGGUCGGUCUAAAAAUAACAAUAGGCCUAAGACAAGCAAAAAAAGGGUAUUUUUGUCUAGAAGCGAUCAUAAACCUAUAGAUAUUAAUAUUGUUGAAGAGCAUCAUGAAGUUAUUCCUUAUUGGCUAAGAGCUGUCACUAACAAAGAUUUACCUUUCAAAGACGUUAAAUUGGUCCAUAUUGAUGCUCAUAGUGAUUUGGCUAUCCCUUUAUAUACCAAGAAUUUCCCUAUACAAAGAUUUCCAAAAGCUCAGGAAGAUAUUAAAUCCUUAAUGCAGUCAAAUGAUGUGUUUAUCACUGGUUAUUCACUUACUGGUUUACUUCAACAUGCUCUACUAAUAAUUCCAUCUUGGAAUAAUGACUUUAAUUAUAACAACCUAAAUAUGCCAAUUACUAUUGGCUUUCAUAAAAAAAUGAAUGCUUUCUGCGAAUGUGCCCAUGAUUUUCCUUCCAAUUUGGAUAGAUAUAUAUGUAGAGCUGUUUUAUCAAAUGACUCAAUAGCGAUCACUAAAGAGGACGACUGUAAGCCCAUUUUGAUUAUAAAAACUAAUAUUUCACGUGAGAAAUAUUUUCUUCAAAAUACACAAUAUUUUGAAAAUACAUUAAAGAAUCCGUAUAUUCUUGAUAUUGAUGAAGAUUAUUUUGGCUGUGAGAGUGUUGGUGAUCGUCUCAUUGGAUUAGGCGUCACGCCUGAGCAUUGGAGUUAUAUCAAUAAUCACCUUCAAAAUUUAUAUUGUCCUUCAAAUGUUGAACAAGAGACUCUCUUCAACCGAUAUCUGAAGGAAUGUGUAACAAAUUUAGCAAAUAAUUGCGAGUAUUCUUCAAGCUCCUGUAACUAUGAUAAACAGUGUAGAAAGAUAAUAGUACAACCAUUUUGCAUCCCUCUUGCUAAAGAAACUAAGAAAGCGGCUUUAAAAUCUCUAUUACUUUAUUUAGUACGAACAUUUUCAAAGAAACAACUAUUAGGAAUAAGUUGGGCUGGAUUUUGCUUCUAUAAUACACCCGACACAAACAGUUUUGUACCAUUGAUGAAGCUAUGCUCUGGCGAGAAUUAUGGUAAUGAGAGCACUAUUCAAUAUCAUUCACCAACACCUACCGAAACAAAAGAGCGUUUGGAAAAUUUACAAAAUAUGCUAUGCAAGUUGCCUCAUCCUGCUUUAAUUACUGUUGCCCGCUCAAAUCGAGAUGGCUAUGUACCCAGAUCAAUUCAACGUCACGUAGAAUGCAAAUUAAUUGAAAUACUUCAAUAUUGCUUCAACAUAAAGAAUGUUAAUUAUGAUAAAAAUUUAUGGAAUAAUGGACAAGAAGCCUGUUAA